CUCUUUUGUGUCCAUUCAAUUAGAGGACACAUGUAAUUUUGAGCCGAUUUUAUUUUUAGGUAUUAUCGAGCAUAAAGUAUUCAAAUUAAUUAAUAACAAUGCCCUCCGAUGCUAAGAAACGUGAACAACAACGUAAGAAAGAUGCAGCAAAAGCCAGACAAGCAGGAAAAAAGAAUGAAAAACAAAAAGAAGAGCAAAAUGACACUCUUAAAACAAAUGGUCUCAGUAAUGGUGCAACAAAUGGCUCGAAUGAUUUAAGUGCUGAAGAAGCCUUAUGUGCAAAACUUGAAGCUGAUGCCCGUUUGAAUGCAGAAGCUCGGGCAUGUACUGGUUCUUUAGCAGUGCAUCCAAAAUCUAGAGAUGUGAAAAUAGAUACUUUUUCCAUUACUUUUCAUGGUUGUGAAAUGUUACAAGAUGCUUUAUUGGAAUUGAACUGCGGUAGACGAUAUGGACUUCUGGGUUUAAAUGGAAGUGGAAAAUCCACAAUUUUGGCAGUACUUGGUAACAGAGAAGUACCCAUUCCAGAUCAUAUAGAUAUUUUCCAUUUAACUAGGGAAAUGCCUGCUUCUGAUAAAACAGCUCUUGAAUGUGUUAUGGAGGUAGAUGAGGAAAGAGUGAGGUUGGAAAAGUUGGCAGAAGAGUUAGUUGCAUGUGAAGAUGAUGAAUCUCAGGAACAACUAAUGGAUAUCUACGAGAGAUUGGAUGAUAUGGCAGCUGAUACAGCCGAAGCAAGAGCUGCUAAUAUUCUACAUGGUCUUGGUUUUACCAGAGAAAUGCAGAAUAAAAAGACGAAAGAUUUCAGUGGAGGCUGGAGAAUGCGUAUUGCACUAGCUAGAGCUCUUUAUGUCAAGCCACAUCUUCUAUUAUUAGAUGAACCUACCAACCAUUUGGAUUUGGAUGCCUGUGUAUGGUUAGAAGAGGAAUUAAGAAAUUACAAAAGAAUAUUAGUGUUGAUAUCACAUUCGCAAGAUUUCUUAAAUGGUGUAUGCACAAACAUAAUACACAUAAAUAAAAAAAGGCUCAAAUAUUAUACCGGCAAUUAUGAUGCCUUUGUUAAGACUAGAAUGGAACUUUUGGAAAAUCAAAUGAAACAGUAUAAUUGGGAACAAGAUCAAAUCAACCAUAUGAAGAACUAUAUUGCACGAUUUGGGCACGGAUCAGCAAAGCUUGCGAGACAAGCGCAGUCCAAAGAAAAAACGCUAGCCAAAAUGGUAGCUCAGGGUCUAACUGAAAAAGUGGUAAGUGACAAAAUUGUCACUUUUUAUUUCCCCAGUUGUGGUACUAUACCUCCACCAGUGAUUAUGGUACAAAAUGUCAGUUUUAAAUAUAAUGAUUCUACACCUUGGAUUUAUAAAAAUUUGGAAUUCGGUAUAGAUCUGGACACUAGGUUAGCAUUGGUGGGACCCAAUGGAGCAGGAAAGAGUACUCUCUUGAAAUUAUUAUAUGGUGAUCUUACUCCAACAGAAGGUAUGAUUAGGAAAAAUUCUCAUUUACGUAUUGCCCGGUACCAUCAGCAUCUACACGAACUACUAGAUUUAGACCUCUCGCCGCUUGAGUAUAUGAUGAAAGAAUUUCCGGAUAUUAAAGAAAAAGAAGAAAUGAGAAAAAUCAUAGGAAGGUAUGGUCUUACGGGGCGACAACAGGUAUGUCCUAUUAGACAAUUAUCUGACGGUCAACGGUGCAGAGUAGUAUUCGCUUGGCUAGCAUGGCAAGUACCUCAUAUGCUUCUUCUUGAUGAACCUACGAAUCACUUGGAUAUGGAAACGAUCGAUGCUCUUGCAGAUGCUAUUAAUGAAUUUGAAGGAGGAAUGGUGCUAGUUAGUCACGAUUUUAGAUUAAUCAGUCAGGUUGCGGAAGAAAUUUGGGUAUGCGAAAAAGGAACAGUAACGAAGUGGCAAGGCGAUAUUCUUUCAUACAAAGAUCACUUGAAAACAAAAAUUUUGAAGGAUGCCGCAAAACGGAAAUAAUGAUUAAACAUUUAAAAGCAAUACUUCAGAUUAUUAGGAGCUAUUGAAGAAAGUGUAAUUCUUUUAUCACGUUAGAUUCAUUUUUAACAUAAAAUUAUUUAAGCAUAUUGUAUGGUAUGUCGAAAUUAAAUGAUUGACCGGCCUUGGUUUUAUUUAUUUAAUAAACGUGUUUCAUAUAUAGGUUGUUUCAUUAAAUUAUGUUAAUAGUACAAAAAUAAUUUUAUCGUAAAUAUUUCUUGCUGUAAUUUGUGAGUCUUGAAUUUGCGUACGUUAAAGUUUUUUUUUAUUAAUUUUUUAUUUAUUAUUAUAAUUAAUUUAAUUUAAAAAAAGAGACGUUCUUUCGUCUCUCAUCAGAUUUUAAAAUUUUAACUGAGCUAAUUAAUGAGAUAUGCUUUUAUGGUCUUAUUCAAAAUUUCAAUAUUAAGUUUGUUAAGAAUCGGAUAGGUCAGAUGGCCCGGUUUCAUAUACCGAUAUAUCGAAUAAAAGAUUGAAAGUUUACUGACCUCAUUACCUUCAUUGUAUAUGAUAAUCCCAAGAAAUAGCAGAGUACCCUAUUAUACUCCUAGCUGCACUAGCGAUAUGAAGAGAAACCAUUAUUAGGAUUGUUGUAUUAUCGGACGUUGUUCUUAUUCUUGUAAUAUUAUGUUGUUGCAGAUACAGAUUACACUUCUUCCACAUAUUGUAUGUUGUUGGGUAUCUUCUUCUUUAAGUGCCGUCUCCCAAUCAGAGGUUGAAUAUCAUCAUCACUAUGGUUACUCUAUCUACUGCUGCUCUGGAGCGACAUCAUUGGCGUUAUCAUUUAUUAUGAAUGAUCAUCAGUCUUCUUCAGACCAAUAUUCUUAUCCGCCCUAUCUCAGGCAACUCUUCUCCAUCCUUUAAAUCCGAUAGAUUUUAUGGCAAACAUAGUACCCAAAUUAAUUUCACAAAGUUAGGCUCCCUAAAAUGUCUACUUAAAUCAAAGUUAUAAACUUUGAAACAAUAUCUUUGUCCUUGUCUACCCCAUAUGUACUUAAGAAACGGUUUCUUAUCUCUGUAACGUGGACUCAGUAUAGCCGACCAAUUUAAUUUUUCUGGGCAAUUUUAGGCCAUGUGAUUUUUCAGUCCGUAGGUAAUUCUUAUUGACAAGAGCUAUUCUUUUAAUUUAGUCGAUGACGUUAUUAUCUUUAAUCACUAACGAAGGUUUAUUCAGAGCCUCUAAUUCUAGAUAUUUAUUGGUCUAGAUAUCUGAUUACUUGACUUACAGAAUAAUGUUACUCUCAAAUCUGUUUUCCGCUGCAAGAUUAAAUACAAGACACGGCACUCCAUUUCGGUCCUAGUUAAUUUUGCAACAAAACGGUCUUAAAAUGUUCUGGAUUGUGACGCUACAUUUGCUAUCUGUUAGUGUUAGUUAAACAAGUUUGUCCAAAUGGAUUUUCAAUAGAAUUAUCUAUUUUUUACUCAUUUAUACUACUCAAAUGUAUGUUUAUGUUAUACAAGUACAUUACUUGCAUUUCCUUAUAAAUCUGUUUCACCUAAUUUCCGUAGACAUUUUCGCACAGAGUUACUGGAUUAUUAACGUUAUUAUAAAUUCAUCUACUCGGGGUUAAACAUUGCCACUACAAGAAUUGAAAAACAAAACAAAACGGCUGCAUGAUAAGAGAUUCAUAAUAACGUCAGAAGCACUUAUCAUUUUUCAAGUUGAAAAGGCGGGUCUAAAUUUAUUUGUUUCGCUAUACUAAUAAUUACAUUGUUCAUUGUUGUUUGAAUAUACAUUUAUUUAUGUGCUUUAUAUAAAAUUCAACUAAAAUCGUCUUUGGAAGCCAUACAUGGCUGCUUUUUAUAACUUCCACACAAAGCAGUUAAUCAUCUAAAAAUCUAAAAAACUUUUCUAUUUCUAGAUUUUCAUCUAGUUUAACUAAAAACUCUUUUCGAUAAAUCAUUCUUGCAUAUAGAUAUAUUAUUGGCUUCCAAAGGUGGAUUAUUAAAAAAAUAAUUAGAAUUAGGCUUUUUUUAAUUUACACUAGAAAAAUAUGCACAUUUCUUAGCAUUUAACAUCAUAAGCUAAAAUUUACCUACAGUGUUUAACCAUUGUGAUUGGUAGGUCCUCUUGAACAUCAUUGUGAUAAAAAGUAUUUAAAACAGAGUAAUAAACAAAUUGAAUUUC